AUGUUUACAGUGUCUCAUGUCAAGGUCUUGUUGGAUGUUGACUUUAAGAAGAAGCUCUUACAAGGAUUUGUCGAGUUGACGAUUGUACCAAAAGAGGAAUUGCAAAAGAUACGACUGAAUGCUAGACAACUAUACAUACAUCGCAUUUCCGUGAAUGAAGCAGACAAGUUCACUACAUACCAGUACUCGGAUCCAAUCACUCCAGUACUGGCUCCCGAAAUGGGUAACUCUGUCUAUCAUCAUCCAGAGUACAGGGAAAAAUAUCCAGAGGGCAUGGAGAAUGGUGAUUUGGGAGAAUUGACUGUUGAUGUUCCUUAUGGGUCUGUUGUUCGUGCUGCUGAUGUGCCGGGUCAUAAGCCAGACGCAAAUACUCCAGUCACCUAUCGACCAUUCAAAAUGCGUAUUUAUUAUAGUCUCUUGAACCCAAAAGCUGGUAUACAGUGUGUCAUGCCAGUGCUUGAUAUUCCAGCCACAUCACAGCGGUGGCCUCACAUGUUCACAUGCAACGAAUGGGAAGCAGCGAGACUAUGGAUGCCAUGUGCCGAAAAGGCCUUCAAUCGGUCAACAUGGGACUUUGAAUUCCACAUCCCAAAAACCGUUCGAGACGCACUGCCUCGCACCAUGCUUCCAGCAUUCCAAGAUGAUUACCUAUCUCGAAAUAUGGUGCUUGUGUGUACAGGAGAGCUUGUUGAGCAAUGCAGUCAUCCUGAAGAUGAUUCCAAAGUGAUAUUCAAGUAUACUAUGGACAAGAAAGCUACCGCUUCGAGUAUCGCAUGGAGCAUUGGACCAUAUGAAAUGAUUGAAAUAUCUGGAUGGAAGGGGAAUGUGGUUAGCAAAUCGGAUAAAGGGAACAGCAACAAUAAUAACGGUGGCGCAGGUGUAGAUGGCAACGAUGAUGAGAAUAAUAGUAGUGGGUUUGCUUUUUGCUUGCCUAGUCAUCAAGACGAUAUGCGGUAUACUGUGAAUACCAACAAGUUUGUCGGACAGGCUUGUGACUUUUUGACUAGACGAGUGUAUGCUCCAUAUCCUUAUCGAUCAUUCAAGCUGGUGUUUGUUGAAGAAUCACCAAGGUCAUUCAUUACGGGUGCAUCUAUAGGCAUCAUGAGCUCCCAUUUGCUCUUGAAACCAUCAAUCAUUGAUCAGACAUACGAGACUCGCCGCAUAUUGGUAAGAUCAGUUACUGAUCAGUGGUACGGUCAUUACAUUCAACCUAAAGCAUGGUGGGAUGUCUGGUUGAUUGUUGGCCUCUCCAAUUUUGUGGCGUCGAUGUACUUGCGAAGGAUUAUGGGACAGAAUGAAUUCAAGUCGAGGCUGAAGCAGGCAAGCGACAUGGAUCGAGUCAUUGAACUCGAUGUGAAUCAACCGCCUUUAUAUCCAAUCGAAGGAUUUGCAGAGGGUGAUGAGAAUCUGAUACCAAUCGAUCCUCUCACAGUUUACCAUGCUCAUCCAAAUGACGAUGUAGCAACAGUGCGAUCAGAGUUUACGGAACUGAAGUCAUCAAUCAUCAUGCAUAUGUUGGAUCGACGAUUCUCAUCAAAAGGACAUGAAUCUGUAAUAACCAAGGCCUCGCAUGAUAUUAUGACUGGUAGAUCAACAAAAGGAAUUACACAACAUUGUCUCAGCACAAAGACUUUUUUAAAGAUCAUGGUGGCUGUCUCUCAACGUGGUGUGGAAAUUCGAAACUUUGCUAACAAUUGGAUUACGGGAGCUGGAUGUCCUCAAUUUACCGUCACAUACUCGUAUCAUGCACGAAAUCGAACAUUUCCAUUCAAGAUUGAGCAGAAGAGCACUAGUAUAGUCAAAGGUGCUACUGUCAAAUUCUCUGGAAUGUUUACCAUUCGUGUAUUUGAACCACAAGAAGUUUAUGACUACGAGGUGCAAAUCGAGGAUCUCACCCACGAGUUCAAAGAGCAAGUGAAAUCGCAGUCUAGAUUCAAACGUGUUCGAACUCGUCAAGCUGGUCGAAAAGUGAAGGCUGCUGGAGCGGGAGAUGCAGAUGAUGUCGAAAUGGAAGAUGCACCGGACGCUGGUGCUGGUACACUAGUUACUUCUGCUUCCGCUUCAAUACAAAACGUGCCUGAUGUUGAUACUGUUGAUCCGGGCAUUGAUGAUCUUAUACGACCUGAAAAGCAACCCAUCAGAUGGAUUCGUCUCGAUCCAGAAAAAGUAUGGCUGUGCUCAAUCAAAUUUGAACAACAUCCUGUCAUGUGGUAUCGACAAAUACAAGAAGAUCGUGAUGUCUUCUCACAAUAUGAUGUGGGUAUAUUCCGAAUCCCCACAAAUAUUCCUUACAUUGAUCUUGACGCCUUUUUUGUGAAGGCUCUGGAGGCACUCUCCUCGUUUCCUUCCCAUGACACUUUGAAUAUUUUGGAAGCUCUUAUGAUGGAUCCUUCAGUGUAUUACCGUAUACGGAUGCAAGCAGCUUUGAUUCUGGCUACUUGCACUCCCGAAGAUCCAGAUUGGACGGGUGCUCGAUUAUUAAUGUCAUUCUAUCAGAACCAAUACUGCAUGGACACUGAUGAUAUCGCAACUCUGACACCAAAUUCAAACAAUUUUGUACAGUUCUCGGAAUACUUUGUGCAAAAAGCCAUUCCCACCAUUUUGGCACGCGUCCGAAAUGAGCGACACGUUGUGCCUGGCGACAUUCGUCAAUUUCUGAUACGCCUAUUAACUUGUAAUGAAAAUACUGGCAAUCCAUACUCUGAUGAUUACUUUCUGUCAUCUCUGAUUGAAGCAGUUGGAGAAGCUUUCUCUAUGCGCUUUAGGGCAAGAGUAACAGCUGUCAAACCUGCCUUUGUCACUCAAAUAGCCAAUGGUGUCACGGUUGAUGAAGAAAUCAUUAGCUUUGACGAUGAACCGUUGCCACAUGAGGCUAGCGGAAACGAGCCUGCUCUUACCUGGUCAAAUACUGGUGACAAUAUAGACAAGUCACUGUUUGAUCAGGCUCUUCAGCAAGUGCAUCGAUACCGACUGAGAGAUCGUAUGACGCCGUCAUAUCAAAAUAUUAUUACCCGAAGCUGUCUUGAGGCUCUUGCUAAAUGGAUGUUUGCUGGUAUCAUACCACUGGAUUUGGGCCUGUUCUUGCCCUAUACAAGAUAUGGUCAUUUUGUAUUGGUGCGAACAGUAGCUCUGGAUGCCAUCAUCCUAUUGGAUGCGCUUAAAAGAGUAGACAUCUUGACAUACAUUCUAUCUCUCAUACGAGAAGAUCCUGUUCCUCAUAUGAGAUACUACACUGCUCGAGCGUUGGCUGAUUUUGUGACUUUGGCUGCAAAUGUGGAUCAAGUCGACACAGGACAUGGUCCAGCUCAAUAUGCAGAGACAGAGCUAUGGGUUCGAACAAAACGCCACCUGUCGAGUUUACGAGAGCUGAGAGAUGAGCUCUGGCAGAUGCUAAAUGUGGAUCCAACACCGGAAUAUCGUACACGUAAAGAGUUGCUUCGAUUCUGUGAGGUGGUAUUUGAUGCAGCUGAUAAUCCAACCAUGCCCAAAGUCUCGUUGGUCUUUAAACCUGGCUCAGUACUUGGUGUGAAACCACUGGGUCCUCAUACAUCAAUAUUGAAUGAAGGAGGGAUGGUGCAAUCACCACGUUCAGCAAAUUACUAUGAUUUGCCAGCGUAUUUACCACCUCCAGAUCCUACAUUUGCUGCUAUAAGUGUAAAAUUGUUGGAAAGACUGCGUAAUCAUUCCUGUGCAGCACCAUUUAUGCUGCCAGUAGAUACAACGUAUUACAAGGACUAUCUGAAUUUUGUCGCACGUCCCAUGGAUUUGGGUACAGUGACGCAAAAUCUCGGUAAAGGAGUGUAUCAGGAUGAUAUGGAACGUCUUGCAGAUGAUGUGCGUCUGAUAUUCGAAAACUGCUAUCGAUAUAAUGUAGACGGGUCAGCCAUUGUCUUGUCUGCCCGAAAGUUUGAAGAAUACUUUAAUCAAGUGGCAUAUCAAGAGGCUCUAGUACAAUAUCAAAAAUGGAGGUCAACUGGAGUACGAAAUGAUGGCAGCAUGACACCAGGAAGCAAUAGAGCAAUGUCUGAAGCACCUGAUGGUGGUUUACCCUCUCCACCAAUAAGGCCACAUGUUGAAGAGAAGAAACCCGCUUUUACUGUUGGAUUGUCUGAUCAAGACAAGAUGAUUGCCAAGGGUGUGCUGAGAAAGCUUAAGGAUGAUCCAGCAGCUCAUUGGUUCCUGACACCAGUGCCACGAAAUAUCCCGGGCUAUUAUACAACCAUUACUCAGCCCAUGGACUUUUCAACGAUCGAUGAAAAUAUUCAAAAGGGUAUCUACUUUUCUCUAAAGGAUGUUGAACGGGACAUCUUGCUCAUCUUUAGAAAUUGUUAUGAGUUUAAUGGCACGGAUCCGGUAGAUAUAAUAGUCAAAAACUGCUUGCAGGUGGAGGCCUACUUUAGAGAAGAAUGGCGUAAAAUGGGUAUGGCUGCACCACCGCCUACUGUGAAACUUCCUCCACGUCCUCCUGCAACGAUUGCUGUGCCAGCUCCACGUGCUGCUAUUCCUCUACCUUCAACUAAACCGAUUCCAUUUCAACAAUCGAGGCCUCCAGGUAUUGCAGUACCGGCUGCGAGAGCCCCGUUGCCAAUGCCAGGAUCAAUUCCAAUGCCAGGAUCAAUUCCAAUGCCAGGAUCUCGACCACCUCUUCCAAUGCCAUCAGCCAAUAAACCACUGGUGCCAAUACCGUCGUCUCGAGCUCCGCUUCCAAUGCCGUCAGCAGCGUCUAGACUGCCGAUUCCUAUGCCAUCAGACGCGUCAAAAGGGGCACCACCCAUACCGUCAAUAAUAGACAAGAAGCCAUCAAUCCCCAUGCCAGUGUCUAGACCAGUUCCACCACCGCCUGCACCUGCAGUAUCUCGACCAUCAGCAUCUCGACCAAAAGCAUAUGACUCUGAAGAUGCCGAGUCGAAUGGAAAGAGUCGAUCAGUUACUCCAGUGAAAGCAAUAAAGCAACCUACUCCAACAAAACCAGUAACACCAGCUCCCAUAAGGCCACCACCUGUAAGAACACCCGCUUUUACUAGUAGCAGUAAGCCGGAUACUCCUAUUGGAAUCUCGUCGAGUCAAGCUAUAAAUGAAAGGAUAAAGCCUAAAUUGAUGGAAGUGCUUAACCACCUAAUCACUUCGAAUGACUCUGAGUAUUUCCGACAGCUCCCUGAUCCCUUAUGGACGGAAUAUCAUGCAAAGAUCAAAAAGCCUAUAGGUUUAAUCCUUAUACAGGAGUCUCUCGAGGCAGGCAGGUAUUCAACCGUAGAAGACUUUCAACGAGACAUGCUCUUAUUGUUCAACAAUGCAUAUACGUUCAAUGCCAAACAUUCAGCUGGAUGGCAAGCGGCCAGCAAACUACAAACCCGGUACAAGACGAAAUGGCGCGACACCUUCGAAGGGAAUUCGGCCAGUCGUGAAGCAUCACCAGCAGCUGCACAACAGCAUCGUAAACGACCUGCUUCGUCAUGGGAUGAUGGUGUUAAUAGUGAAGAUUCUGGGUCGCAUAAAAAGGUCAAGGUAGAAAAGCAGCCACCACCACCACAACAAAGAAUAGUUCAUCCUAUUCCCCCUACACCUGCUGUCGCUGCCAAUAAUACCACUGGGGGUGGUGGAGGCGGAGGACUCAAACUCAAAUUUAAAGUGUUGCCGCCACAGCAACCAAAGUAG